GCGCAACACCUCAAACCCGAGCAAUUAUUUCAUAUGAAUCACUCAGACACGCCGCAAAUACUGAAAACUUUAUAAUUAACGGUCCGAACAAUUCAUUCUGACGCUGAUAAACUACAGGUAGCCUUAUUAUUAUUAUUAUUAUUAUUAUUAUUAUUAUUAUUAUUAUUAUUAUAAGCUCAUACUGAACCUGCAUUGAUUUUUGGUCUUCUAAAUAUAUUGAUGGUGGCUUUCUAUGCAGGUCUAUGAUGGAUUUACUGGCAGUUCUGGGCGAAUUUAGCCAGCUGUCAUCACGGAGUGCUUUCUUAUCGUUGUUGGCAUGUUUAUUGCUCAUGUUCUUCUUGCGUCGAUCCGGUCAGCGGCAGUUACCGGGUCCGUGGCCGUGGCCGUUAAUCGGUAACGCCGCUCAGCUCGGCACUUCGCCUCACUUUUACUUCACCCGGAUGGCUCAGAAAUACGGCGACGUGUUUCAGAUCAAGCUGGGUAGCCGAACUGUGGUGGUUCUGAACGGCGAAGCGAUCAAAGAGGCGUUGAUUAAAAAAGCCGUCGAUUUCGCCGGCAGACCCGAUUUCGCGUCGUUCCGAUUCGUGUCCGACGGGAAAAGUUUGGCGUUCGGAAACUACAGCCAGUGGUGGAAAUUGCAUCGCAAGGUCGCUCACAGCACCGUGAGAACCUUCUCCACGGCCAACAUCCACACCAAACAGACGUUUGAGAAGCACAUCGUGAGUGAGAUCAGAGAGCUGAUUCAUCUGUUUCUGAAUAAAACUCGCGAGCAGAAAUACUUUGAGCCGCACAGUUAUCUGGUGGUGUCGGUGGCGAACAUCAUGAGCGCCGUGUGCUUUGGAAAUCGAUACUCGUAUGAUGAUGCAGAGUUUCAGCAGGUGGUGGGGAGAAACGAUCAGUUCACGAAGACAGUUGGAGCUGGAAGCAUCGUGGAUGUGAUGCCCUGGCUGCAGUACUUCCCAAAUCCGAUCAAAACUCUCUUUGGGCAGUUUAAAGAGCUCAACAAGGAGUUUAAUGUGUUUAUCAAUUCCAAAGUGGUUGAGCACCGCAAGACGUUUUCGUUGAGCCUAAUCCGCGAUAUGACUGACGCAUUCAUAAUUGCUCUGGAUAAAGGUCUGUCCGGGGGCCCGGGGGUCUUUCUGGGUAAAGAGUUUGUGCCACCGACCAUUGCAGAUAUUUUUGGGGCGAGUCAAGACACUUUAUCGACAGCUCUGCAGUGGAUCAUUCUGUUACUAAUCAGGUAUCCAGAAGUUCAGAAACGUCUACAGGAGGAUAUCGACCGAGUGGCGGAUCGCAGUCGCCUUCCAACUAUUGCAGACCAGCCUCAUCUUCCAUACAUCAUGGCCUUCAUCUACGAAGUCAUGCGAUUCACUUCGUUCGUCCCCGUAACGAUUCCCCACAGCACGACCACAGACACGUCCAUCAACGGCUAUCCUAUCCCCAAAGACACUGUCAUUUUCAUCAACCAAUGGUCUUUGAACCAUGACCCGAACAAAUGGGAUCAGCCAGAGGUAUUCAACCCAGAGCGUUUCCUGGAUGAGGAUGGAACUCUCAACAAGGACUUAACCACCAACGUGCUGAUCUUCUCUGUGGGAAAGCGCAGGUGCAUUGGAGAGGACUUGUCUAAAAUACAGCUCUUCCUCUUUACUUCCUUGCUGGUCCAUCAGUGUAAUUUUACAGUAGAAAGAACUCCCAGUAUGGACUAUAUAUAUGGGCUCACACUUAAACCAAACGCCUUUAAAGUGGCUGUCACUCUCCGUGACAAUGCAGAACUUCUGGAGAACUUGGAAGGAGCAUCUCAAACUCCUACACAAAAGAGACAAAGACCUCAAGUUUGAAGUGAAAUUAAAGCACACAGUUAAAAUACUAAAACUUUUCCAAAUGAAGGUUGCAAAGAAAACAAACUCUGAAGAAAACGUCAAAGCACUGCUGAAUACCAGCAUGUGUGAAUGAAUAUCAAGAUAUUUCUAGACAUCAUACUCAGGGCAAAAACUAUGCUUUUACCAGAAUGAGCUACAGAAAAGCAUUUGUUUGUCAAAAUGUCAUUACACGAUGCACUGAUUUAUGAUAUAUUCUGCAAAACUAGCAAAGCUUAUCCUACACAAGUCCAAGCAGUUCUCACAGACAUUAUAUGUAGUUAACUUUAUUCAGACAAAUAGACGAAUAGCUUCCAUGUUUGAUUUACUUGCAUAGCAUUAUUCAAAUGAGAGAUGUGUAUGUUACUAAUUUAACAUUAACCAAAGUUGUAGUUGCGCUGUAGCAGACACAUAUGUUAUUCCUCAAUUAGAGGAGAUUUGCCCUUAAGAUACUUUAGUCUCUUUAUGUCACACAUUUGUAGUUAGGCCAAAAGAAUUAGAGUUGAAGGUAGUGCUCACAAAAAUUAAAGUCAGUGUGAAAUGUUGUUCGCAACCCAUUUUGCUUCCGUAAUCUGACGUAUUUCUGAGUGAAAAAGGAUAUUCAGUGAGAAAAAAAAAAAAAAGUAGGGUGGGGCUUGACCCACCAGGAACUGACUAUAUUGUGAGAAGUGGCAUAUCAGAAUGAUGCUAGGAGGGAGGGGUUAACAAAUAAGAGUGAUUCGUGAUGUCAUCCAGAAAGCAAAGUUGUUUCAGAGACGGAGCAAUUACAUUUUCAUAGAAGGUUACAAAGGCAAACAGUUUUUUUUAUUUGCAAUUGCACGCAACAAUGAAUCGUGCACAGUUAAGAAAUCUUGUCUCAUGGAAUCACGUUACUAUACGUACAUUUUUGCGAAAUUACAUUUACUUGACUCGUUGUAUGUAUCACAGUAGUUUCUUGGUUAAAUAAACACUAGAGGCAAACAAAAAUACUUUUAUUCACUUUCAAACAAAUCACGAGUUAAAACGGCAGAUUAUCAGUUCAUAAACACUUAAUUUUUGCCAUGUUCCUUACACAAUGCUAUCUUAUGACAUCUAAACAUUUACUUUAGUGCAUGACUUAUAAGGCUAUAGAAUAUACACUGAGCACUUUAUUAGGAACACUAUGGUCCUAAUAAAGUGCCCGACGUGGUCUUCUGCUGUUGUAGCCCAUCCACUUCAAAUUUCGACGUGUUGUGCAUUCUGAGAUGCUUUUCUGCUCACUACAAUUAUAAAGAGUGUUUAUCUGAGUUACAGCAGCCUUUCUGUCAGCUCGAACCAGUCUGGCCAUUCUCUGUUGACCUCUCUCAUCAACAAGGCGUUUCCGACUGCAGAACUGCUGCUCACUGGAUGUUUUUUGUUUUUGGCACCAUGGAAAUCUAGAGACAGUUGUGCGUGAAAAUCUCAGGAGAUCAGCAGUUACAGAAAUACUCAAACCAGCACGUCUGGCACCAGUAAUCAUGCCAUGUUCAAAAUCACUGAGAUCAAAUUUUUUCCCCAUUCUGUUGGUUGAUGUGAACAUUAACUGAAGCUCCUGACCCGUAUCUACAUGAUUUCAUGCAUUGCACUGCUGCCACACGAUUGGCUGAUUAGAUAAUCGCAUGAAUAUGUAAGCGUACUGGUGUUCCUAAUAAAGUGCUCAGUGAGUGUGUUUUAACGUUUGCAUUGCAUAACCAACUACAUUGACAAGCUUGUUUACACAUGAUGAAAUUGCGCGGUAGCUCAACUGAUAGAGCGCUGCACUCGCGUUGGACUGGUGUACGAGUCCCACAGAGAAUGUGAGUUGACACAUGAGCUGAAUGUGUCAUAGAAGCACCACAAUAUGACGUGGUUGCUUCAGCAAUUGCGAUUUUGAUGUCACAUUUAAUUUUUAUGACACUAGCAAUUAGGUUUACAUUUAAGGUUUAGGUUAGGUUGGUAGGUUUAGUUGAUUUAAAACAUAAAAAUCUGUUGUGAGAGAAAAUUUUAACCGCUUUUAGCACCACAAAGUGGACAUUUCACCUCGUAACUGCCGCGAUACUUGUAAGGAGUCAAGUAACAUAAUUUUGCAAAAAUUUUGCGAUAGUCAUGUAAUUUUCAUGAAAUCUGGCUGUAACUGAGACCAUAUGUGUGCAUUCAAAAAAGUAAAAUGGGUCGAUUUUAAUUUCAUGCUGACAAACAUAGUUGUUUCUGCAAUGCACAGAAACACUGCUCUGUCACUGCUCUGUUAUUACUUUUAAAUGACUGCAACGCAUGUUUUUUUUUCCCAGCUGUUUUUGAGGGCACUUUAGUUCAAACUAGCCCUGUGCUGCAUUGUAAACAUCACUAUAUAAUGCUUAUCAAAUGAGAAAUUUGUAGAGUAUAAUCUUACAGCACUUUACACAUUGUUCUUGUAAAUCAAUGUGCUCCUUAAUAAUGUUUCCUGAUUCGCAAUUCAGCUUUUUUGAGGUCUGUGCCUUGUUAUUAUAGGCUUCUUAGCAUUAACCUAUAACUAACAAAAGAAAAUACAGUGGGCGGGUUUUACAAAGUCCUCUUUCACUGAUAUCUGGCACAUGACGUCCCCUGAGCAGACAGGAUAUACAUUUUGCAUCCCUUGGGUCGCUCCUAUCUAAGGGAGUCAUGAAGGUGAAUUUCAGGGUUUGUUAACUAACAUAUAGGCUAUAGUAUGUUAUGGUUACUAAUUUUAGCUUGUUUCUACAAACUGCUGCAUAUAUACAGUAUUUAACUGUAUAGUGAUGUUUCAUCUGCUGUAAUAUAUUUUUUAACUGUAAUAGCAUUAUGUGUUUUUUCUGUUUUAGAAAAUGACAUUUUACGUGCAUAAAGAUUGAUAUAGGUUUGUAACUGAAUAAGUGAUAUUUAGAUCCCAUUAUGUGAUACAAACACGUAAUAUUAUAUUUUUCUACUUCAUGUAAGCUCUGACAUUUGGCUGCUCUGUGAAUUCUAAACUGCAUACUGUUUACAGUUUUUGUGAUUAAAUGUAGUGCAAUUUUAAAUAUGUUUUAUAUCUUAUGGCUAAUAAAUGCAUUCUUUGUUUAUCAGUCAAAAA